UCUUCUGGACCUGACGAUGUUUCGUAAGAAGAAAAAGAAGAGGCCAGAGAUCUCAGCACCAAAGAACUUUGAGCACCGGGUGCACACCUCUUUUGACGUGAAGCGGGGCUGCUUCGUGGGCCUGCCGACCCAAUGGCACAGUUUGAUAGAGAACCUCCGCAGGCCCAAGCCUAUGGUGGACCCCUCCCGGAUCACCCCAGUGGAGCUCAAUCCAAAGAAGGUACUGGGCCUUAUUCUCAGCCCAACUGGAUGUGUGCACUGGGGGUCUUUUUCUCUGGAUGUAUUUUCCAACAGAUUAAAAGAGUUGAGAAUUGAUAGGAUUUUAUUUCUGAGAAUAUUCCAGUUUUAGUGAGCCUCAAAGCCCUCCAUCAAAAGCGUUUUUUAGCAGAGGAUUUCUUACCACAGUACAGAGUCCUUUAGAGCUGCAGCACAGCAGUGUUCUGCCUGUCAUAUUGCUUUCUUAUCUAUCACGAGGCUCAGCUAAUGACCCUGUUGUGUACACUGACUGUACAAUGUGAAUCCUUGGAGGGCUCCAAUAUUUAUUACUCAAUGCAGGCAAUUGAUAACGAUCCAUGGUGCCUUCCCACAGAUGUCAGGCUGAGGGAUAGAGAGUCCAGGUACAGCAGUGGAAAUGCCAGUGAGCGAUAAAGCCUGCAAAUCUAAGGAUUUCUGCACUAGGCUGAAUGCUCAUGCCGAUAUGCCCCUUGGAAAAACAUAACACAUUUUCAUUACCACCAGUGGAUAAGUUUGAGCUUUGCGUUUCAGAAUCUCCUUGUCAGCUUCUGAAGCAGAGUCAUGGUUUUAAUGGGAUCAUCAGGAUUGGAUUGGUAGUACAGAGGAGACUUGUGUUCUGUAAAUAGCCUGUAUGGCAGAGGCAAAGGUUGGAGAGGUUACAUGAAACAUGAUUACAUUUGAUACAUUUGAACAAUAAUGAUGCAUUCUGUCCUUUGUAAAGGGUAUGCAGUGGGAUGUGAAUUAGUCUUCACGUGCAUAGAUCUACGCGCAUGAGUGCGCUGGGUGGAGUCAGAUAUUUUAGAGCAAUGUGCACCUUUUGGUAACAUGAUACCUCACCCAUCCCAAAUAGCAACAUUCACCAAGGGGCGACAGAGGUUUUCUUGUUGUCUUCUCAUUUCUUGUGAAAGCAAAAGAAGAGUCUGUCUUGUCUUGUCUUCCCUUGCUAGCAAGUUGGUUAAACACUGCAAGCAACUAGCCAUUAGUUUCCCACAUCUCCAUGUGAAAUAACCUGAUUUAUAAUUAAAUAAUAUGCCCUGGCAAAUAUUCUUAUACUUGCCAGUGUAACCUACAACAUUAUUCCAAUUUGAUAUGCUGCUUCAACAUAUUCACUCCCAUAUCAUCUAAAAAAUAAAAUGUCAUACUUGUGCUGCUUUUACAUUUCCAAAUAGCCUAGAAUAACAUUUUCACUUCUAAACUAAAUAAAUUUUUGGGGGAUUCUAAUAAGGCUACAAUGUUGUUUGGUUUAUUGUUUGAACAGUCACUGAGAUGAUAUUUGGUUAUCAAUGCAUUGCAAAAUGGGCUGCUUACUUAAUGCCAAGCUAAACCGAGACAGCAAUCUUUAAGUUUAAGUGAUUUUGAAGUUGAUUAGCUUCCCAAAUCGCCAUGUGAAAUAAUCUGAUUUCUAAUUAAAUAAUAUGCCCUGCCAAAUAUUCUUAUACUUGCCAGUGUAACCUACAACAUUAUCCCAAUUUGAUAUGCUACUUCAAUGUAUUCACUCCCAUAUCAGCUAAAAAUAUAACGUCAUCAUGUUUUGGUCAAUGCAAAAUAGGUUACUUUGAUACAUAGCCUAUAGAUCAGAUCAAGGAACCAGGCGAGCUUCAACACUGCCCCCAUGGCUACGCAAGGAAUGAUAUAGUGCUUUACAAUUUUCAUGUGGUGUGGCAGGAGAGUACGUAGAAUGUCGGAGCGCACUACAAGGAGCUGCCCCUUUUGUGACUAAAAUACGACAUUGCAACACUGGGCCACGCUCCGUAGGGUCCGUCUCCGUAGGGUAUAAAUGGCCCUUAAGCCACCUGUGCAGCUGUGAGAGCAGACUAGAGCACCAUACCAAAGACAGAAGCAUGGAAGACUCUCGUGACAGUGAACAUGACUUUACUUUACCCAGAGAUUGAGUAAUCAGCCAAUGGGCCUAUUCUCUGAUAUGUUAAACUGGAAGGGCCUCCUGCCAACGCAUUUUUAAGUCUGUGUCAUCUUGUUCUGUCAGGGCAAGUUAAUGCUCUUUCUCUACGCCACUGUGAUGGGUGCUGCUUGAGAUUUUACUUAUCAGAAAGAGUCUGUUCGUUUUUACAGUUUUUAUACAACCCACAUUACGAAAAAUAAGUGCCUGCAUACAGGCCAAAAUACAAAAUCACCAUCUAUGCUACAAAUAAAUAUGCAAUAUGUAGAUACAGUGGGGAAAAAAAGUAUUUAGUCAGCCACCAAUUGUGCAAGUUCUCCCACUUAAAAAGAUGAGAGAGGCCUGUAAUUUUCAUCAUAGGUACACGUCAACUAUGACAGACAAAAUGAGAAGAAAAAAAAUCCUAAAAUCACAUUGUAGGAUUUUUAAUGAAUUUAUUUGCAAAUUAUGGUGGAAAAUAAGUAUUUGGUCAAUAACAAAAGUUUCUCAAUACUUUGUUAUAUACCCUUUGUUGGCAAUGACACAGGUCAAACGUUUUCUGUAAGUCUUCACAAGGUUUUCACACACUGUUGCUGGUAUUUUGGCCCAUUCCUCCAUGCAGAUCUCCUCUAGAGCAGUGAUGUUUUGGGGCUGUCGCUGGGCAACAUGGACUUUCAACUCCCUCCAAAGAUUUUCUAUGGGGUUGAGAUCUGGAGACUAGCUAGGCCACUCCAGGACCUUGAAAUGCUUCUUACGAAGCCACUCCUUCGUUGCCCGGGCGGUGUGUUUGGGAUCAUUGUCAUGCUGAAAGACCCAGCCACGUUUCAUCUUCAAUGCCCUUGCUGAUGGAAGGAGGUUUUCACUCAAAAUCUCACGAUACAUGGCCCCAUUCAUUCUUUCCUUUACACGGAUCAGUCGUCCUGGUCCCUUUGCAGAAAAACAGCCCCAAAGCAUGAUGUUUCCACCCCCAUGCUUCACAGUAGGUAUGGUGUUCUUUGGAUGCAACUCAGCAUUCUUUGUCCUCCAAACACGACGAGUUGAGUUUUUACCAAAAAGUUCUAUUUUGGUUUCAUCUGACCAUAUGACAUUCUCCCAAUCCUCUUCUGGAUCAUCCAAAUGCACUCUAGCAAACUUCAGACGGGCCUGGACAUGUACUGGCUUAAGCAGGGGGACACGUCUGGCACUGCAGGAUUUGAGUCCCUGGCGGCGUAGUGUGUUACUGAUGGUAGGCUUUGUUACUUUGGUCCCAGCUCUUGCAGGUCAUUCACUAGGUCCCCCCGUGUGGUUCUGGGAUUUUUGCUCACCGUUCUUGUGAUCAUUUUGACCCCACGGGGUGAGAUCUUGCGUGGAGCCCCAGAUCGAGGGAGAUUAUCAGUGGUCUUGUAUGUCUUCCAUUUCCUAAUAAUUGCUCCCACAGUUGAUUUCUUCAAACCAAUCUGCUUACCUAUUGCAGAUUCAGUCUUCCCAGCCUGGUGCAGGUUUACAAUUUUGUUUCUGGUGUCCUUUGACAGCUCUUUGGUCUUGGCCAUAGUGGAGUUUGGAGUGUGACUGUUUGAGGUUGUGGACAGGUGUCUUUUAUACUGAUAACAAGUUCAAACAGGUGCCAUUAAUACAGGUAACGAGUGGAGGACAGAGGAGCCUCUUAAAGAAGAAGUUACAGGUCUGUGAGAGCCAGAAAUCUUGCUUGUUUGCAGGUGACAAAAUACUUAUUUUCCACCAUAAUUUGCAAAUAAAUUCAUUAAAAAUCCUACAAUGUGAGUUUCUGGAAAACAUUUUCUCAAUUUGUCUGUCAUAGUUGACGUGUACCUAUGAUGAAAAUUACAGGCCUCUCUCAUCUUUUUAAGUGGGAGAACUUGCACAAUUGGUGGCUGACUAAAUACUUUUUUUCCCCACUGUAUGUCCUUCCAACAUAUUGACAGCAAAACCAACUGGGAAAACGAGUCAAGUCUGGAUUUUUGAAGAAUGCCAAAACUUCCCUUUCAGACUCAGAGUUCUAAAAAUAACUUUUCUUCAAGCGACGGUUGUGUCACCCUCUUUAUUCCACACUCAAAUGCACAGGCCUCUCAGUAUGUUAUGAUCAUUCCAGUCAAUGUGGUUGGUUGAUCAUAACUGCUCUCCUUUCAGACCAUCGUGCGUGGGAGUAUGAUCGGCCAUGGAGACUACAUCUCAGCCAUGAUCUCUGACAUGAGCAGGCUGUCCGUGACCAGCUCCAACUCCCUAAGGAAGAGCAGCCCUUCAGCCAGGAAGAGGGCCCAGUCCCUUGGCAGGCUGGGGGAGGUGAAGGAGGGGGACACCUACCAGUAUGAAGACCUGGGAGAGGAUGACCUGGAGCAGCAGCAGUGGAGGGACAGGGCUCAUAACAUCCACAGUGAGAGUGCGAUGCCCCACAUGGGCAUGAAGAAGAGCAUCACCCUGCAGCCCAACGGGGAUCUUCCCAGGGCCAAGUCCACCUACGAGGUGAGUGUCAGCUCUCUGGAGGGACCCCCGGCUCCGUCCCAGCCCAUGCAGGUGCCUAUUAAGGGGGCUUAUAUCAGCUGUGAGGUGGGCAGUCCCACAGAGAGACUGAUGGUGAGGAGAGACUUCCAGGUGCCGAGGGUUAUGCCACACAACCAGAGGCCCAUCUCAUGCUUCUACAACCCAGCCAUGGCUGUCCAGCAGCCCCAUCCUGACCAUGGGCGUCACCCCCCUCCGGAGUACUGCACCAACCUCUACAUCCACUCCCACAACUGCCCUGGCAGACCAUACUCCUCCUACGACCUGAAGGUAAGCAUGUCACUACAUCAUUAUCUCUCAUCUAUAUUGACAUUGUCAUAGGUCAGCUGAUGUAAUCAACUAUGAUACAUUAUUCACAGACAUACGUCAACCAAUUUCACAUUGGCCAGUAGUUAACUGUGGUACACAGGAGGUUGGUGGCACCUUAAUUGGGGAGAACGGGCUCGUGGUAAUGGCUGGAGCGGAACUGUGGAACUGUAUCAAAUACAUCAAACACAUGGUUUCCAUGUGUUUGAUGCCAUUCCAUUUGCUCCGUUCCGGCCAUUAUUAUGAGCUGUCCUCCCCUCAGCAGCCUCCUGUGUUGUGGUAUAUACAGUAAUUAACACCUUUACUCUUUGAAAACCCUGUUCAUAAUUUGGACAGUGAGCUACUUCAUAGACAGUUUUUUAGGUAAAACAUUUCUAGAAAACAUUUAUAGAAAUGUUUAAGUAAAACACUUAUAGAGCCCAUAACUCCUCUCCAUCUUACAGCAGACUGCAUCCCUGCAUUCUACAGUCGAUUGCUCAAUUAAGUGCUAAAAUGUGAUUUGUGACUUUAUUGCUUGAAUGUGCUUGUAAACGUUGAGAGAUGCUAUGUUUAGCAAGAUCUCAAGGGUACAUUGAGGUACCUACAGGUGUAGGAUCUUAAGUUGACCUAUAUUAUCACAGCGAAAUAAUCCUGCAGCAACAGGAUUUGAACGUUAAGUCCAUAAUGUUGCUUGAUCGGUGGUUAGGCUAUUAGCUGGCCAAAGGUAGGCUUCAUAGAAAGAGCACAAAUUCUCAGCAACAAAAGAGUGAUCAAGUUAAGAUCCUAUAUCUGUAUGGCAAACGUUUUAGCAGGGGGCGUACCAGGUGAAGUGAAUGCAUAGUGUGAGAGUAAAGCACUGUGAUUUACAUCCAGUAAUAAAGCAGGCCAGGGACCUUGGGAAGACAGCCAACUCUCUCUCUCUCUCUCAUCAUCCAGGCAGAGUCGGCUCUGAGGCACCACCAGUCAGGCUUCCUACCCAGUACCCCUAGCAGUCCCUUCAUGAGUGGCAUCAGACCCCACAGGACAGUGCGCUCCUCAGCCAGCUACACCCUGGGACUGUCUCCCAACAUGGGCCUGAGACUUAAUGGCCCUGACCCCUUUUUGAGACACUCAGGCUGCCCUAAUGCUCCCUUCCCCAGGCAGGACAGCCCCUCCCAGCCCCGGCCCUCCCCCACCGGCUCCCUGGACACCAGCCCCCCAGGCACAUGCUCCCCUGCUUUCAGACCCCCUCAGCACCCCCAGAGGCCGCCACCAGACCCCCCCAAGGUGACCCAUGAACAGUUUAAGGGUGCCCUGCAGAUGGUGGUAGACAAGGGGGACCCUCGGUCGUACCUGGAGAACUUCGUGAAGAUUGGAGAAGGUUCGACGGGGGUGGUGUGUAUCGCUCGGGAGAAACACAGCGGCAGGCAGGUGGCUGUGAAGAUGAUGGACCUGCGGAGACAACAGCGAAGAGAGCUGCUUUUCAACGAGGUAUGACAACCUCCAGCCAACACCAUCCUCAAUGACCCCCAUAACCCUCACAACAAAACCCCAAAUCAGCAAUAAAUCACGUUGGGAUACAUCAUAUACAUAUAUCCUAUCUUAAUUCGAUCACUCUGUUGUCGCAGAGAAUUUCCCUGUGCAGCAGGAAAUGCACAUUGUAGUUUAUUCAAGGUUUUAAAACGUUUCUAAAGUUUCUAAUUUACACUUUAAAAUGUCAGACUUGAUUUAUCCUUACAAAAAUGUAUCACCCCUACAAAAAUGUCCAUUAAUUAUAAUCCACAUAAUAAUUCACAUUUCCUGUUGCUGCAGGAUAAUUUUCCUGCUGUGAGAAACUGGUAAAAUUAAGAUACUAUAUCUGUAACAGAGCCCAUGUGUUAUCAAUUGAAACUGCGGGGGCACAUGCCCCCUUAGAUCCAGCUAGUCCUUAUUUUGCCCAUCAGUUACUUAUUGUCCCUGACAAUAAUACCCAAAGACCCUAUUUUGCCCAUCAGUGCCCUCUCGAAAUCAUCAGGUACAUUACAUGACUGUUAUCAACUGUAUGUGUUUGUCCAGGUGGUGAUCAUGAGGGACUACCAGCACAGGAACGUGGUGGAGAUGUUUAAGAGUGCCCUGGUGGAGGAGGAGCUCUGGGUCAUCAUGGAGUACAUAGAGGGUGGAGCACUAACCAACAUCGUGUCUGAGACCAGGUAUGGAGACACAGCACAGACCUGACCUACUCACUGCUGCUGGAGCAAAACACUGUGUCCUCCUAUGGGAAACUAUAAUCUGAUAACUUAAUUAGAUUUGUGCAUGUUGAAAUGACGUGGUGAAUUUAAUUUGGUCCAAAAACACGAUUCAAUCUAUGCUCCCAUGCUGUUAAAUAUAUCAGAAACUGUAUGCAUAAACAAAUUGUCAGUGCAUAUUAACUCUACCUGUCAAUGUAUUUUAAAUUCCAAACUGAAAGUUGUCUCAUUCACACUACAAAACCAGGUAUCUAGAGACAGGGACAGAGUGCAUUUCUGACUAGCCAGCUGACAUGUUGAAAUGGUCCAGAUGGAGUUUGUAAUUUUCAUUGGUUGUCAGAACCCAAGGUUAGUAUUUGUAUUGAUUGAACUGUCUGGAAUAAGACCCCUUUGCUAAAAUAUACCUCCUUCAUACUACAAUCCAAUCUAAAAUAAGUUUUGAAAACAAUGAAUAUCUUUUUUUCUUUUUUUUACUAUCAGCCUUAAAGGGACAAUCUGCGAUUGUUACUUCAAUUUUCUGACUUUUAAAUGGAUUAUAUAUACGCAUUGAUUCUUUAAGAAUAUUACUUAGAAAGGCAUAAUGAGCCUGGUUCAACUGUCGUACCCCAUCAGAACCCAAAAUAUAAGUAUGUUUUACUCCAUUGUUUGUAAAAAUAUAUAUUUCUAAACAAACAUUGUAUAGCCUCAAAACAUAGUUAAAACCAUAAUUGUAUAUAUCAUGGAUGGUCAGUCCUUGCAUGCAUAGCUCUGUCUAUUAAUUUGAGAGCUCCAGCCCCAUCCCACAGCUAUUUACCAAAACAAUGGUGGGGAGCCUGCUUUGUUAUUUGAAUUGCAGGUGUGUUUCAGUUCUUCAGUGUUCAAAAUCUACUAGGCUAUAUUUUCAAAAUGCAUACACGUGAUACUGUGAAUGCAUGAAGCCAUCUGAACCUCACCUAUACCACCAUUAAUGUAUAGCAUCACCUGGGUGAUGCAACAACAGCCAUUUUGCAGUGCAGUUUUGAGUGUUGUGUGUAUCUGUGUCACUCCCCCAUGUAGGCUGAGCGAGGAGCAGAUAGCCACAGUGUGUGAGGCUGUGCUGCAAGCCCUAGCCUACCUUCACUCCCAGGGAGUCAUCCACAGGGACAUCAAGAGUGACUCCAUACUGCUAACACUGGAUGGGAGGGUAAGUCUCUCUCGCAUAAGUAUUUUUAAUUCAGUUGAGAGAGAACACACCUGUUUAUGUAUUCAUAACUGUUGAUAAUUGAAUUGUAACGUUUCUGUCCUGUACAGAUCAAGCUGUCAGACUUUGGGUUCUGUGCCCAGAUCAGUAAGGACAUUCCCAAGAGGAAGUCUUUAGUAGGAACACCAUACUGGAUGGCUCCGGAGGUAAUCUCUAAAUCUCCAUACAGCACUGAGGUGAGAUAUUCAAAACUACUCUGUAUCCUUACUAACUGUACUGGUAUAUUACUGCAUACUAAUGGCAUUCUAAUUGUAUCCAAACAAAUACUCAUGAUGUCCAGUAUUCAUGUGCAUGUCAACACUGUCUGAUAGUGAUGUUGAUAUACAGUAUACUGGUUUGUUGUGUCUGCCAGGUGGAUGUGUGGUCUCUGGGCAUCAUGGUAGUUGAGAUGGUGGAUGGAGAGCCCCCCUACUUCAGUGAGACCCCCGUUGCAGCCAUGAGAAGACUGAGGGAUGAGCCAGCUCCCACCGUACGGAACGCAACCCAGGUCAGAGAACAAACAGAACACAUACCGUACAUAGAGAGAUACUCUCUUACACACGCACAGAAACACAGAGAAACACAUUCACACCUUUUCUCUAUUUCAACAUGUCUGAUGAAUUAGCUUGGACUUUACACUUUGUGUAGGUAUCCCCGGUGUUGAAAGACUUCCUGAACCGUAUGUUGACCCGGGACCCAGUGGAGCGGACCAGCGCAACAGACCUGCUAGAACACCCCUUCCUCCUGCAGAGCGGCUCCCCGCAGUGCCUGGUGCCCCUGGUGGAGCAGUACCGCAAGCGCAUGUCCCGCUGCUGA